AUGGGAAUGAAAAUUCCUGACUUCCUGUCAGAGGAGGAGUGCAAGCUCAUUGUCCAUUUGGCACAGCUGAAGGGGCUGCAGAAGAGCCAGAUCCUGCCAACAGAUGACUAUGAGGAAGCCAUGGAAAUGAUAGAAAUCAGCCAGAUGGACAUUUUCAAUCUGCUGGACCACAAUCAGGAUGGGCAGCUGCAGCUCAAAGAGGUGUUGACCCACACCCGGCUUGGGAACGGCAGGUGGAUGACCCCGGAAAACAUCCGGGAGAUGUACAGCGCAGUCAAGGCUGAUCCUGAUGGGAAUGGUGUGCUGAGUUUGGAGGAGUUCAAACAACUGAACAUCCGUGAUUUCCACAAGUACAUGGGAAGCCAGAAAGUGAAGAUGAGCGACCUGGUGCGCAACAGCCAGCACACCUGGCUGUACCAGGGCGAGGGGGCUCACCAGGUGAUGAGAGCAGUACGGCAAAGGGUAAUGCGCCUGACUCGGCUGCCCCCCGAGAUCGUGGAGCACAGCGAGCCCCUGCAGGUGGUGCGCUAUGACCAGGGAGGGCACUACCAUGCCCACAUGGACAGCGGGCCCGUCUUCCCCGAGACCGCCUGCAGCCACACCAAGCUGGUUGCCAACGACAGCGCCCCCUUCGAGACCUCCUGCCGGUAUGUGACAGUGCUGUUCUACCUGAACAACGUGACUGGGGGAGGAGAAACAGUCUUUCCUAUAGCUGAUAACAGGACGUACGAAGAGAUGUCUUUGAUCCAGAACGACGUUGACCUGCGAGACACUCGGAAGAACUGUGAUAAGGGCAAUUUGCGAGUGAAGCCUCAGCAAGGCACUGCUGUCUUCUGGUACAACUACCUUUCCGAUGGAGAAGGCUGGGUGGGGGAGCUGGACGAUUUCGCCCUGCACGGGGGCUGCCUGGUCACCCAAGGCACCAAGUGGAUCGCCAACAACUGGAUCAACGUGGAUCCCAACCGCCUGCGGCAGCUGCAGUUCCAGCAGAUGAUGGAGCGCUACGCGGGGGCGGGGGCCGGGCCUGGAGCCCCGGGCGAGUGGACCGUGGAUAAAGCCUAUAGCGGGGUGCACCUGGAGCUGUAGGGGCGGUGCACACAUCGCACGUGGCCUUUUCCCGCGCUGGGCGGGGGGCGGGGCCGC